AUGCUGCCUCGCCGCGCUCUGCGUCACGCCGUCGCCAUUCCAAGCCGAGCAGUGGGCACCGCAGCAGCGUUGGCCCGCCCCUGCGUCGUGCACAGCGACGCCAAGCAGGACGAGAGCAGUGACGGCUCGGGCGUGUCGACGCACUCGGCGCUGCAGCGGCAGCAGCUCGAGUUCUGCUGCCUGCUGUGCGGCUGGGACGUGGCGUGCAGCACGUGCCCCUUCAACUGGUUCAACUUCGACCCGCGCAAGUUCCGCACCAAGCAGCGGCGGCGACCGGGCGACACCGACCCGCGCAACUUGGCGGCCAGCGAGGUGGACGUCCGCCAGGCCAUGGAGAUCCUGGGGAUCGAGGCAUCAUCAACGCCCAUGGGUGGCUUUGACAAGGUUUCGAUCACGCAGCAGCAGGUCAAGGACGCGUUCCGAGCCAAGGCGCUCGAGUGGCACCCGGACUGCAACCAGGACCCAGAGGCUGAAACCGUGUUCAAGGAGAUCCUGCAGGCCUACGAACUGCUGCUCGCGCACGCGCGCUGA